CCGCCCGCGCUCGGCCCGGGCCGCAGGAGCCGCCCAGGCGGCGCUGCCGGGGCCGGGCGGUCCUGGCGGCUGCGAGGGGGCUGCUCCCGGCGGGCCGGCUGGGGCGUCGUGGGCGCCUCGGACCGCCCCGGCUGGGAGGCGGGCGCGCCUCGCACAGCUCCGUGACGGGACGCAGGAGGCGGGCGGUCCGCCUGCGCGGAGCCCUGCUGGCGGAAGGAUGUGCUGCUAACACCCUCGCGGCGUGGUUGAAGUAAAGUGCGAACUGCGGAGGCGCUGAGGUGUUGGAACUGCAACUGGUGGAGGCGCGGCCGGGAAGCUCCGCCAGCCCCGCGGUGUGGGCCCGCAGCUGUGAGAGACGUUCCCGGUGCGGGUCCGGUGCGCCCGGGGGUGGCUCCCUGCGUGGGAGCAUUGCCGCGGGGAAAAUCAAGUGCUACCUAGGCUAAGUCAGCUACGAGGGCUUAAACUGCCCUUGCAGUAGUUUUAAUGCUUCCACAUUAAUCUGUGGUGGGGCAGAGGAAGAGGAUUUGUGUGGUCUGUGCUGUUAAUACCCUCAGAAAGGGAGUGGUGAAUCACACAGUGAUACCAGGAAAAAGGAAGAACUGAGGAGAAAACAAACUAUGAAAGUAUUGGUUAUUGGCCUUGGAGGUGUAACAAAUGGAGGGAAAACAACGCUAGCAGAAAAACUUAAGAAUAUGCUUCCCAACUGUGAUAUAAUCUCUCAAGAUGACUUCUUUAAGCCAGAGUCUGAAGUAGAAACAGAUGAACGUGGAUUUAAGCUAUAUGAUGUACUUGAUGCUCUCUAUAUGGAUGAAAUGGUGACAAGUAUUCGCAAUUGGAUGAAACGCCCAGCAAGCCCAGGUGUUGUGGCAGAAGAGCCAGAGAAUAUGUGUGACAAUCUGAAAAAUGUUCAUAUUUUGAUUGUUGAAGGCUUUCUCCUUUACAAUUAUGAGCCCCUUAAUGAGCUGUGGAAUAGAAGAUAUUUUUUGACUCUGCCUUAUGAAGAGUGUAAAAGGAGAAGGAGCACCAGAGUCUACCAGCCAGCAGAUACACCAGGGUACUUCGAUGGACACGUGUGGCCUAUGUAUUUGAAAUAUAAAAAUGAAUUGGAAGAGAAUGCAAGUAUGCAAGUUGAUUAUUUGGAUGGAACAAAAUCCCAAGAGGAGCUUUUAUCCUAUGUGUAUAGUGAUAUAAUACAGGAAUUAAACAAGCUGAGGGAAGAAAAUCAGCGGGUCACAUCAUGACAAUGUAGAAAGCCUGGAUUCCAUUUGACAUGAGUUGAAAACACCAAGACUGUCAUACAUGGCAAGCCAACCAACUGAGCAAAUGCUGUGUGUAUGACCAUAAUGCUGCUUCAUGUAACACAAGAGAUUUUGUAAGUAAUUAUUAACUCUCUCUCGGGUACGGAGACAGAGACUCCAUUUAGGAGUAUGAACGCUGUGUUCCUGAAAUUUCCUUUAAUCAGCCCUGCUUUGGCUGAGCUUUAAAUCUGAUUCAAUGUGUAUGUUUUAAAACAUGAAGAUUUUGUGCAUAAAACUAAACCACAAAGAUGCGCUUCUGUUGGAUUAAUAAGCAUAUCUGAACAUGGAUGAUUUGAUUGCAAUUUGAAAUGAUCAUAUAGGAUUGCCUCUAAUAUUCUUAGGAGCUUAUUAUCACUGAUAAGCAUGCUCAGAGAAACUAUCUGUGUAAGAUAUGAAAGUUUAUGUGAGUUGUUAUGCUGCUUAUUCAGUAACUGAAUACUUCACAACUAAGCUUAUUUAGACUUGCUAAAUACCUCUGGUGUUUGCACUGUAAUUUUUGUGUUGUGUAUUCUUUAGAGCAGUUGGGAAUAGAUGUUAAGAAAAUGAAAACAAACCUGAAGAGGACUCAGAUUGUUGGAAAAAGGUGGGAAAAUAAGAUGUAGAGAAUGAGAUGCAUCAUUAACAAGAUAUAAUACAUAUAUUGUGCAGAGAUUGACUAGGAUGGCACAGAUGACUAGAUAAUAAAACCAUGCUUCAGGGAGAAAGAAGGAAGAAAUAAUAGUUAUUAAUAUUUGUAGCUCACAUUGAAAGUGAAAUGAAACUGAAAUGUUGUGAAUGGAAUGUUCAGAACGCAAGAACGCCGGACAAAUGGGAAAGCUUUGUUGUAGAAUUUGUGUGUAUAUAUAUUUAUGCAAACUAGGAAAUUGGAUCAUAGUUUGUUGCUGAAUAAGUAAUAUCUUAACUCUUAUAUUUUCUAGACAAUUGCUUACAUUUUUAUGAGCCAGAAUAAAAAUAAAACUACAGACAUGGAAAGGAAAGGAUGGAUUUUAUUACUUGAUAUGUGACAGCUGAACUAGUCAGUGAUUGGAAUGUAGUACUUUAUAGUAAAAUUCCUAAAUCUAUGUAUUAGAAAAAGAUGUUAUCAGAUUACAGCUGUGUUUAGCUGUGUUUAAAACAAAGUGCUUCCAAAUAUAAUUUUGUAUUAUUAUUUUGCACUAAAAAUUCUUCAUUUGCAUUUGCUCAUAUGCUGUGACGGACUGUCUGACUUUAAACUGUAUUUUUUUUUUAUUUUCCUUUGGAAAGGGUACAAUUGCAAGAGAUUAGCUAAUGCAUGGAGUGGUUGUGGUGGGCUGACCUUGGCUAGCCACCAAAACUGCUCUAUUAUUUGCCCCUCUUCAACAGGAGAAGGGAAAAAAUGCAAUGGGUUUGCAUUUUUGUCGAAAGAAGGGGACUAGGACACCAGCUGGUUUAUCACAGGCCCCUCAGGUCCGGUCCGGUCCCUCAGGUCCUUCUGGUCCAGUUUAUUAAAUAAAGUAUCAAACACUUA